UCAGGUCCUAAGGUCUGGUUCUGUGAGUCCUGGCGUGCCGGGACCCACAGCAACAUUGCCGCGGGUUACCCCCUCACCAGCCACCACAAGCGGAGAACUUGCUGCCGCCCAAAUUACUACCUUGGCUCCCAGAUUGCAAUUAUAGUUACGGUGGGGAUAUCAUAUCGGCGGUGAGGGUCGGGGCUUAGUCUAGCGGCGGCUGGGCGAGUGAGCGAGGUGUUUGGUUGGCAGAGGGUCCAUCACAGUGACACCACCAGCUACAUCAUAGUAGUGGGACGCAUACACCACCUGACGCACCACCUGAGACUCGGGCACCAACACCUGCCCCAUCACCUGGGCGUCAGUGCUCGUAGGGUGCCGCGCGACGGUGCGUCUGUGUGGGCCGCGGUGUACUGAACACGUUGCCGGCGGCAGGCUGGUUGGUCGGCGAGGGUGGCAGCGACGCGUCAGGAUGGUGGCGAGCAGUUGUUGCGUGUGCAGGCUGCAGGUGGUGGCGGUGGUGGCGGCAGUGGCCCUGCUCAGUGUCACAGUCGCCUUGUGGUGGUGAUCGCUGGUGUGGUAGUGGUGGUGAUGAGGCUCUGGCUAGCGUGGUGCCGGGCCUGCGCCAAGAGACGGUGACCCUGUGUUGGCUCCUAGCUGCAAGGACUACUCGAGUCUUAACUUCUUUUCAACACUUUGUCGGUGCCUUGCAACAUUUUUACUCAAACCUGGCAUUACCUGUACGGGAAAUUGAUUGGUGAUUUUUCGUCGACUUAGGAGAAUACUUCCAGGAUGUUUGUUUAUUUACGUAUGAUAGUGCAGUGAACAACCGGCGCUGUGUGAUAGUGCGUUAUAUCUUGGUGAUUCUCAAGUCUGAUUUUGGCCAAGGUGUGCCCGGAUGUGUGUGGUCGUUAAGGAGGAACAACAGCAACAACAACAACAACCCUGAAGUAGCUAGUGUGCCGGCGGCUCCCUGAGGGACAGUCAUAUACUCCAGACACUCGUUUUGUACCUCGUUUGGCCCAAGAUGGAUCGCAAGUCCCUGCCUCCGAGCGUGAUCCCUCAGCAGGCAAAGGACCAUCCUUCGCUGCGAGGGACACCGCUGGCCAUGCUUGCCGCCCAAUGCAACAAACUGACCAGCAAGAGUCCCCCGCCACUGGCCGAUGCUGCCGUAGGGAAAGGAUUCCAUCCAUGGAAGAAAAGUCCAGUUGGUGCUGCGGCAGCGUCCGGGGGCGGAGCCUCGGGCGUGGGUACGGGGCAAAGGUCAGGCCCCGCCUCUUCGGGUAGCGGUGGUCAUCCAGCUUCAUCCUCCAGCAGUUAUCAGCGCCCGGUUGUGACGACCAGUGCUGCCUGCUCCUACCCACAACCUACAGACCUGUACUUCCCAUCAUCCUCUACCGGUGGACAGUCGGACUCAGCCCAAGCGUCCCUCCUGUCUAAAGUUGACGGGUCUUCACACAUCCCCGCCAUGAGCUCCAUGUACUCUCGCGUUGCCGGUGUCACCCACCCUUACGAGUCUUGGCCAUUCAACAGCAUGGCUGGCGCCGCCUCGGCCAUCAAGCCCGAGGUAUCGGCUGUGAACUCCCUCAACACCACCAGUUGGUGGGACAUGCACAGUGCUGCCGCUGCCUCGGCAGGAUCCUGGCUGGACAUGUCAGGAGCAACGUCAGCGGGUCUGUCGGGGGUAGCCGGCAUGUCCCAAAUGGCCAACUAUCCCACGGGCGACUACUCCACACUAUCCCACACACUAGCCGCCUCCAAUACGGCACACCUCCUAUCCUCGGGACAGCACUUGUUACAGGACACGUACAAAUCUAUGCUGCCUACACAGGGCAUGGCACCAGCCAUGGGCUCCCCAUUCGGGCUGGGCCAGCCCACCUUGCCGCAGGUGCCGUCUCCUCGCUCCCAGCGGCGCUACACAGGGCGAGCCACCUGUGACUGCCCCAACUGCCAGGAAGCUGAUCGUCUGGGGCCGGCCGGAGCUCAUCUCCGGAAACGGAACAUCCACUCGUGCCAUAUCCCAGGCUGUGGCAAGGUCUACGGCAAGACGUCGCAUCUGAAGGCGCAUCUCCGCUGGCACACGGGUGAGAAGCGGUUCGCGUGUCCCGUGUGCAACAAGAGGUUCAUGCGGUCAGACCAUCUUAGCAAGCACGUGAAGACGCACAACGCCUGCAGCGGCGGCAAGAAGAACAGCGACGGCAGUGAAUGCGACAGCGAGAACAGUCAGAGCGAACCCCCCUCAGUGUCCUCCCCCGCGUCUGUCAACACGCCGCCCAUCAAUACACCCACCACGCCCACCGCCCAGGCCAUGAGUCCGCCCGCGCCAGAUCUCAAGCCUAUCGUGUGAGAGCUUGGUUGUGGGCGGUCUCAGUACCUCUCCCGGCUACUCUCGGCAGUUGCCAGCGCGCCCUCUGUAGCUGGGGGACGGCGUGGGCGGCCGGGCAGCAGCCGCAGGGUGCAGGGGGGCGCCUGCCGUGGGCUGUGUUCCCCAAUGUGAUAGUGGGCGCCCUUUGGGUGUCCUCGGUGGUGGCGGAGUUGUAGGGCAGGACGUGGGCCCGCCUUGGGACGGGUCCGGGCCGGGUCUCCGGGCCUGCCUGCCGCGCCGGUCACCCCGUCAGCAUGUGCCAAAUCUUGCGCCCUCUACGAGCCUCGUGUGUAAAGUGUCUAUAGUGUUUACUAAUGUAAGCGAAUUUCUAAACUAACUAUGAUAUGGGCAUUUGUACCAGUGUUGUCAGUGUAUGGUUCCGACAUUUUUCUUUUCGUUUAUAUACAAUAACACACUUUAUUUUUACACAAUUUGUAUUUCAUUAAUUCGUCUCAUACUGCAUUAAAAAGGCCACUCAAAGCGACCAGUGUCACAGACUAGCCCGGGACAGGUGGCAGUGUGAGGGUACCCACGCCCACGCUCACGUAGGGUGCAUAUUAAUGGCGGAUGGUUCGAGGCGCCCCGCUCAUGCAGCACCCCACCGUACCGUGCCGCGCCGCGCCGCCCCGCGCCGCGCCACUCCCGUACUCACGAUCUGGCAAGUGGCAUCGUCCUGAGGUAGGAAGUCUUAGCAGUGGUUGGGGUCAGCGGAGUGCUUCACGUGCAGCCCCACGGUGGGAGCUCCAUCGGGAACCGCAUUGCUGGACCGGCGCCCAGGAGACAACAGCAAGCACAGCGAGGAGCUCUGUCCCGCGACAAAUGUAACGGCGACAGCGGGAGAAACGACGAGCAGCAGUCCCGCGUGCCCACUCCGCGGGCCACGUCCCCCACCAC